AUGCCCUCCAAGGCAAGAGCAUUGGCCGAGCUCACCAGGAUUCACUGGUUUCCAGUGGGGUCCGACUUCAUGUUCUGGCCUUUUGCGUGGGGCUCCCUGGCAGCAUCAUACCAUGUUGCAUUACCCAUGAAUGAGGUCAUCAUGAACACUUUGUUCUAUGCAUUGUUGGGCACGCUGGUACAUAGUGCGGGCUGUGUCAUAAAUGAUAUGCUUGAUCGCGACUUCGAUCGCAAAGUUGAACGUUCGAAAGGCCGACCGAUCGCGUCUGGAGCUGUCACUAUGACAGAGGCCUCGGUUCUUCUGUUCGUGCUCGUUGCUGCCAUCUUUUACAUGUUCUCAACUGCUGGCCCCACGGCUCUCACACUUGGUCUUGUUGGACUCCCUGCCUGUGGCGGGACGUAUCCCCUGAUGAAGCGUUGGAUGUAUUGGCCGUCUUUGUACCUCGGUUUUGCUGCUAGCUGGGCCGUCCCAUUCACGUGGGUGGCCAUUACGGGCCAGUUCGAUUGGGGUAUGAUCCUGAACGUCGCAGUUGCAUCGUGCUGCUGGACGUGUCUUUACGACACUAUCUACGCGUGUCAGGACAAGAAGGAUGACGAAAAGGCUGGAGUUAAGUCUAUGGCGGUCCGUCUUGGCGAUGGCAUUCGUCUGGCAUUGAGCGUAUUCGGUGUGAUUUUCUUUGCGUGUCUCAUGUGGGCCGGGUACUUGAACGACCAGCAUCUCCCGUUCUACGUGAUGAGUGUCAUUGCGCCCUUCCUCCUCUGUCUCUGGCACAUAUGGUCAUUUGAUCAUAAUGAUCCUAAAGACAGCUGGGAGAAAUUCACAGCAGGUCGUCAUGGCGCAGCGUUGGUUUGUGCAGGAUUGGUCGUGGAUCAUUACUUCAAUCUUGCGUCUCUAGCCAUUUGA